AUGCAGCUUGUCCCAAGAGAGCUUGAUAAGCUCGUCACAGCACAGCUUGGCUUUCUUGCCCAGCGACGACUUGCUAGAGGUGUUAAGCUGAAUCAUGCGGAGGCUGUUGCUUUGAUAGCGAGCAACCUGCAAGAGCUCAUUCGUGAUGGCAACCAUUCAGUUGCCUCUCUCAUGUCUCUAGGGGCGACCAUGCUAGGCCGUCGUCAUGUCUUACCAUCUGUCCCUGCGACUCUUACGGAGUUACAGGUCGAGGGCACAUUUCCUACCGGCACGUACCUCGUGACCGUGCAUCAUCCUGUCGCCUCGGAUGACGGCGACCUGGAGAAGGCUCUAUAUGGAAGCUUUCUACCUGUGCCGAACAAUGAGGCGUUUCCUCUGGUGGACGCCAGCGAGUACGAGUCAACAAAGAUGCCAGGAGCAGUCGUUGUCAAGAAAGCCGCCAAUAUCGUACUCAAUGAGGGAAGGAAAAGAAUCAGAUUAAAGGUCACAAGCAAAGGCGACAGACCUAUUCAAGUUGGUUCCCAUUACCACUUCAUCGAAACCAAUCCCCUCCUCUCCUUCGACCGUGUCGCCGCCUACGGUUACCGCCUCGAUAUCGCGGCCGGUACCUCGGUCCGCUUUGAGCCCGGCGACACUAAGACCGUCACUCUCGUCGAGAUCUCCGGCAACCGCGUUAUCCACGGCGGCAACGACCUUGCUAAUGGUACUGUCGACCUCUCGCGUACAGAUGAGAUCCUCCAGAAACUCCAGGCCGCAGGCUUCGCGCACACGCCAUCCCCGGAAGAUAUCACGCAGUCCACCUCAGAUCCCUUCAGCAUGACGAGGGCCGACUACGCCGGUAUGUUCGGCCCCACGACAGGCGACCGCGUGCGCCUCGGCGCUACCGAUCUCUGGGUUCGUGUCGAGAAGGAUCUUACGAUCUAUGGCGAAGAGUGCAAGUUCGGUGGUGGUAAGACACUGCGCGAAGGUAUGGGUCAGGCUUCCAACCGACCUGACGCCUCUGUACUCGAUACUGUUAUCACAAACGCGCUGAUAGUCGACUACACGGGUAUCUACAAGGCUGAUAUCGGCAUUAAGCAUGGGAACAUUGUGGGCAUUGGCAAGGCGGGCAACCCAGACGUAAUGGAGGGCGUCAGUCCCGAUCUGGUGGUUGGUAACGGCACGGAUGUCAUCGCAGCUGAAGGCUCCAUUAUCACUGCGGGUGGCUUCGAUACACAUAUCCACCUGAUCUGUCCACAGCAGGCGUACGAAAGUGUUGCAGCGGGCAUCACGACGUAUCUGGCUGGUGGCACGGGUCCGAGCCAGGGCACAAGCGCCACAACAUGCACGCCUGGCAAGUGGCAUAUGGAGAUGAUGCUCAAAGCGGUGGACAACCUGCCUAUCAACUACGGCAUUACGGGCAAGGGAAACGACAGCGGGCCCCAGGCGCUCAGAGAGAGUAUCGAGGCUGGAGCCUGUGGAAUGAAGCUGCACGAGGAUUGGGGCACUACUCCUGCCGCAAUCGAUACGUGCCUGUCAGUGUGCGACGAAUACGACGUGCAGUGCAUGAUCCACACCGACACACUCAAUGAGUCCGGCUUCGUGGAGAGCACCAUCGCAGCCUUCAAAGACCGCGCGAUCCACACCUACCACACCGAAGGCGCCGGCGGCGGACACGCGCCAGACAUCAUCCGCGUGGUGGAGAACGCGAACGUGCUGCCCUCGUCGACAAACCCGACCCGACCCUAUACGCGUAACACGCUCGACGAGCACCUGGAUAUGCUGAUGGUGUGCCACCACCUGAGCCGCAACAUCCCGGAAGACGUUGCCUUCGCUGAGAGCCGGAUUCGCGCCGAGACGAUCGCGGCCGAGGACGUGCUGCACGACCUGGGCGCCAUCAGCAUGAUGUCCUCGGACUCGCAGGCCAUGGGCCGCUGCGGCGAGGUCAUCCUGCGCACCUGGCACACGGCGCACAAGAACAAGGUGCAGCGCGGCCAGCUGGAGGAAGACAAGCAUGACCCGGAGGCGGACAACUUCCGCGCGAAGCGCUACGUGAGCAAGUACACGAUCAACCCGGCGGUCGCGCAGGGAAUGGGCCACCUCAUCGGCAGCGUCGAGGUCGGCAAGGUCGCGGACUUGGUGCUGUGGAAGCCGGCCAACUUCGGAACCAAGCCCAGCACCGUCAUCAAGAGCGGCAUGAUCAGUUGGGCAAUGAUGGGCGACCCCAAUGCCUCCAUCCCCACCAUCGAACCCAUCAGCAUGCGGCCCAUGUUCGCUCCCCUCGUCCCCUCCACCUCCAUCACCUUCGUCAGCGCCGCCUCCGUCUCCUCCGGUACCAUCGCCAAAUACGGGCUGCGCAAGCGCGUCGAACCCGUCAAGAACUGUCGCAACGUCGGCAAGAAGGACAUGCGCUUCAACGAUUCCAUGCCGAAGAUGAGUGUGGACCCGGAGAGUUAUAGGGUCGAGGCUGACGGGGUGCAUUGUAUCGCUGAGCCGAGCGAGAGGCUGCCGCUUGGACAGGCGUUUUUCGUGUUUUAG